AUGGGAGUGAACCACGAUUUGAAGACAUCAAAAAUACUAGAGGGGGCGGCGCAUGAGCAGCACGCACCACAGAAAGGUCAGCAUUUUAGGGGCGUGAGGCGGCGCCCUUGGGGGAAGUAUGCGGCGGAGAUAAGGGAUCCUAUGAAGAACGGGGCGAGAGUGUGGCUCGGAACCUAUGAGACCGCUGCGGAUGCAGGCUUGGCUUACGACCGAGCUGCUUUUAAAAUGCGUGGCUCCAAGGCCAAGCUUAAUUUUCCUCACUUAAUUGGGACGCAUGGUUUAGAGCCGGGUCGUGUGGCCCCUAAGUGUGGCUUAUCGGAGCCAUCAUCUACGCCAGCAAGCUCAUCAGAUGAAGGCGGUUCUCCGAUGCUUAAGCUGAGAAGGAGUGGAGUUGGCUUGGCGGCUAAAGCCCCACAGUUGGAAGAAGCAGCCGAACAGUUUCAAGUAUUCCAACUGGAUAUAUCAGCACUUGCUGCACCUGGCAGCCAAAUUUUGGUUGAGGAGUUGAACGAUCUUUCGGUAGCUGUGAGACAAUAG